AUGAAGUCCAUUACGUAUUUGAAGAUGGCUGCGACAGGCGGUAUCAUCUGUAUCGGAGGACCAGCCCUGGUGUAUUGGGUAACGCCGUCUGAGGAGGAGUUGUUCUUGAAAUACAAUCCAGAGCUACAGAGACGAUCAAUUGAGAAGCGAAAGGAGAACCAGGAAAACUUUGACACUUUCGUCGGAAAGUUGAAGGAGUAUUCGAAGAGUGACAAGCAGAUCUGGACGGUCUGGGAGCAAGAGGCCGAGAAGCACCGCAAGCAAGGCGUUCAAGCGGAGCUCGACCGAAGAAGAGACGCUGAGGCUAUGCGGCAGGAGAUCAAGGGCUCGAUUAAGUGA